AUGCCACCCCCGGUUGUUGGUGGCUGUCACCGCCCUGGUCACACCGGGGCUGGUAAAGCCAAAGCAGCGUCGCCCGCCCCGGUGGCCUCGAGCCCCGCCCCGAGCCAGCCCGGCGUGACACACCUGGCCGUGCAGGCCACGCCACAGGUGUUGGCUCAGGAAAGCUUAGCCACAGGUGUGACAGGAGUAAUGGUUCCGGCAGGGACAGUUACUCAACCUCUUCUUAUCCCCAUCAGUAUUGCAGGUCAGGUGACAGGCCAGCAGGCGCUGGCCCUGGUGACAAUUCCCACAGCAACGCUCGCCGCGCUCCCGGGACUGACGCGCGCACCUGCGGGGGCGAUUUUCAAACCGCCCGUAGCCAAUCUCACAGCCGCCGCCGUGCUCAGCCCCGCCGUCCCGGCCGUGCCCGCGGUGCCGGCGCCGCGCCCGCCCCCGGGGCAGCCCCCGCUGCUGCCCCAGCCCCCCCCGGCGCCCACCCCCCCAAAGGAGCCCCCGGUGGCCGUGCAGCCCCAGAUCACCGGACUGGCCUUUAACCCUGGCAUUCUCACGGCGGCUCUGGGGGCGCAGCCGCAGAUCCUGGGGUCCCUCAGCGCCCCCCCCGUGAUCGCCACCCCCCUGCCCAGCGUGCAGGGGAUCCCGGGGCAGCUGCUGAGCACCGCCCAGGGCCAGGUGAUCGGGACCCUGCCGUGGGUCGUGGCCCCCCCCGGGGUGGCCGCGGCCGCCCCCGCGCCGGCCCCGCCCAGCCUGCAGGUGACAGCGGUGACCCCGCAGCUGCUGCUGAACGCGCAGGGCCAGGUGAUCGCCACGCUGGGCGCCACGCUGGCCACGGGGACAGCCCUGGCCGCCGCCCCCCCCGCGCCCGCCCCCGGCAAGAAAAACGGCCCCGCUGAGCAGCCCCCCAUCAAGAGCGAGGUCCAGCCCAUCCAGCCGGCCCCCGCGGGGGUGGGGCCGAGCCCCCCGGCCGUGCCCAAGGUGUCGGUGCCGCCAUCGCCGGGGCCCGGCCCGGGCUCCGAGACCCCGACCGUGAGCCAGCUGGUGGCCAAGCCCCCCGCCCCGCCCAGCGCGGAGGAGGACGGGAUCAACCUGGAGGAAAUCCGGGAAUUCGCCAAGAACUUCAAACUGCGGCGCCUCUCGCUGGGGCUGACCCAGACCCAGGUGGGGCAGGCGCUGACGGCCACCGAGGGCCCCGCCUACAGCCAGUCUGCCAUCUGCAGGUUUGAGAAGCUGGACAUCAUGCUGAGUGUCCCCUGAAUGUCCCCAUGUCCCCUUAGGUUCGAGAAGCUGGACAUCACGCCCAAGAGCGCGCAGAAGCUGAAGCCGGUGCUGGAGAAGUGGCUGCGGGAGGCGGAGCAGCGGCAGCGCGAGGGGCAGCAGCACCUGCUGGAGUUCGUGGGCGGCGAGCCGGGCAAGAAGCGCAAGCGCCGCACCUCGUUCACGCCGCAGGCGCUGGAGGCGCUCAACGCGCACUUCGAGCGCAACGCGCUGCCCACGGGCGCGGAGAUCACGCGCAUCGCGCAGGAGCUGCGCUACGAGCGGGAGGUGGUGCGGGUGUGGUUCUGCAACCGCCGCCAGACGCUCAAGAACACCAGCAAGCUGAACGUGUUCCAUGUGCCCUGAGGGCCGCGCCCGGCCCGGCUCUGCCCCGCCGACACCGACACCGGGACCGGACCGGACCGGACCGGGUGCAGCAGCGCCCGGGGCGCCGGGCUGGGAGCGCUGGGAGCGCCCGCGGGUCCGCCCCGGCUCCUGCCACAGCACUUUGGGCACUGCUCUGUCCCUCUGCCACCUGGUUCCGUCACCGCACCUGUCCCCGUGUCACCUGAUUCUGUCACCGCACCUGUCCCUCUGCCACCUGGUUCUGUCACCGCACCUGUACCCGUGUCACCUGGUUCUGUCAGCGCACCUGUACCCGUGUCACCUGAUUCUGUCACCACAUCUGUACCUCUGUCCACCAUGACUGUAUCUGUGCCCAUCCCCACUCUGCCCCUCAGCAAAUACCAGUGCCCCGAGCUGGGAGCGCCCGCGGGUCCGCCCCGGCUCCAGCAGCACUUUGGGCACUGCUCUGUCCCUCUGCCACCUGGUUCCGUCACCGCACCUGUCCCUGUGUCACCUGUUCCAUCAACACACCUGUCCCUGUGUCACCUGUUCCAUCACCACACCUCUACCUGUGUCACCUGGUUCUGUCACCGCACCUGUCCCUGUGUCACCUGUUCCAUCAACACACCUCUACCUGUGUCACCUGGUUCUGUCACCACACCUGUGCCUGUGUCACCUGGUUCUGUCACCGCGUCUGUCCCUGUGUCACCUAUUCCAUCAACACACCUGUCCCUGUGUCACCUGGUUCCGUCACCGCACCUGUACCUGUGUCACCUGGUUCUGUCACCGCACCUGUUCCUGUGUCACCUAUUCCAUCAACACACCUGUCCCUGUGUCACCUGGUUCUGUCACCGCACCUGUCCCUGUGUCACCUAGUUCCAUCACCACACCUGUGCCUGUGUCAACCAUGCCUAUACCCCUGUCCAGCACACCUGCAGCUGUGCCCAGGUCCUUACCUGUGUCCACCAUGCCCAUACCUGUGUCCACCACACCGGUACCCAUGUCUACCAUGCCUGUAGCUGCGUCUACCACACCUGUACCUGUGUCCAGCACACUUGUGCUUGUGUUCAACCCCACUCUGCCCCUCAGAGACUCCCACAUGCCCUAAACUGGGAGCGCUGGGAGCGCCCUGUGUCCUCCCAGGCUCCUGCCAGCAGCACUUUGGGCACUGUUCCGUCCCUCUGCCACCUGGUUCUGUCACCACACCUGUCCCUCUGCCACCAUGCCCAUACCUGUGUCCACCAUGCCUGUAUCUGUGUCCACCACACCCAGACCUGUGUCCACCACACCUAUACCUGUAUCCAGGCCCUCACUUGUGUCCAUCAGCCCAGACCUGUGUCCAACAUUCAACGUCUUCCACAAGCUCUGAACUGGGAGCACUGGGAACAUCCCAGUUCCCAGUCACAGUCCCCCCUGACCACCUGCCAUCAGCCCUUCGGCCGCUGGUUUUGUCCCUUUGGUCACUGGUUUUGUCCCUUUGGCCACCCCUGUGUCCCUCUAGCCCUGUGCCUGUACCUGUGCCUGUACCUGUGCCCACCCCCCUGUGCCCUCAGCACCCUGAACUGGGAGCACUGGGAAUCCCUCUGUGUGUCCCACCAGUCACAGCCCCCUGAUCUCCAGCCAUCAGCACUUUGGCCACUGGAUUUGUCCUUUUGGCCACAGAUUUUGUCCCUUUGGCCAUGGAUUUGUCCCUUUGGCCACUGGAUCUGUCCCUUUGGCCACAGAUUUUGUCCCUUUGGCCAUGGACUUGUCCCUCUGUCCCGUGCCUGUACCUGUGCCCACCUGUGCCUGUGUGUGCCCCCUGGUCCCUCCUCUCACACACGACCCCCCCUGUGACACAUAUGGUGACAGACCCCACCCCGAGUGUCACCCACCCACCCACAAUCAGCGAUUUCCAUUUUCCCGGGUUUUGCCCUUUUCCCUGUGUUUCUGAGGCGAUGUCACGGCUCACCGGGGGUGACCCCAAAUUUAUGUCACCCCCACAUUGCGGGUCCCCCGCCUCGUGAGGGGCUUCUGGGGGUGAUCCCCCACCUUGGGGACGUCCCGUGGGUGGAUUUUGGGGACAUCUCCGCCGGGUUUGGGGGGCGUGAACCCCAAAGCAGAGGCAGCGCCCCCUCCUCAGCUCCCCCUGCCCUGAGCGAUUGGGGGGGACACGGGGGCGCCCGCUGGGGCCGCGGCAGACUGAUGCACUUGAUGUAGUGGUGUGAAAUAAACAGUAUUUUUCUUUUUU